UGGAGAACAUCUUCAUGGACAACAUUGAGUGUACUGGGAAUGAGAACAGCCUGUUUGACUGCAUGUACCCUGGUUGGGGAGUUAACAACUGUGGUCACAGUGAGGACGUCGGUGUCAUCUGUGGCAGCCCAGUUAUCCAAGAAUGGAGAGUGAUCCUUCAGGGUGGAGGUUCGUACUAUGGCAGGGUGGAACUGACUAACGGCGUGUCUUGGGGCACAGUCUGUGACAACAACUUUGGAUCCGAGGAAGCAGAUGUCGUCUGUCGUGAGUUGGGAUUCUAUGGAUCACAGAGUUACCACCUAGGAGCACUCUACGGCCAGGGGACGGGCGAGAUCGUGAUGGACAAUGUGGUCUGCAGUGGACAAGAGGAGUCUUUGCUGGACUGCCAGCACUCUGGGUGGGGAGUAACCAGCUGUACACACAGCCAGGAUGUAUCAGUUGUCUGCAUACGUACGUGCCACCUCUCAUCCUGCCAGAAUGGGGCAGCCUGUACCAACGGCGACAUCCAGGGACCCAUCUGCACAUGCACUGCACCAUGGGAAGAAGAGAUCUGCAAUGGAACUGAUGAUCUACAAGACAUUGACGAGUGUGUGAGCAGCCCCUGCAGAAAUGGUGCAGUGUGCUUAGACAGAUUCAACGGCUAUCUGUGCCAGUGCCCUCCAGGUUACAAAGGCCUUCAUUGUGAAACAGAUGUUGCUGUUUUGGAUUUUUAUCCCUGCCCUACCCAGUCCUCAGCCUGCACCUUGCAAGAUCCCCUCAUCCCUGGUGUGACUACAGUUCACCGCUGCGACAUUCAGACAGGAAUUGCUGAAUGGACCCGCAGGCUGACAGAUCCCCUUACAGUUCUCCGUAAGGCGGACUUUGUCCUACACGGCGAAGCCUUGCCGGUAUCGUGUGUAGACAUGUCCGUCACAGGAUAUUCCUGGGUGAUCUUUAAACGAUCCACAAAUCCAAACCAUGUGAAUGUGUUCACCCCCUUGGAUGGCCUCAGGAAUGUGACAACAAACAAAAGAGAUCUGACAGUUCCUAAGCAGACAUUGCUGCCUGGGACAUACAUGGUUCAGUUCCAGGUCACCAUAGUGGAUGAGCUGUUGAGCAUUACUACAGACUUUGUGCACCAGACGUGGAUCCAGGUGGUCCCUACAUCCCUGGUGAUGACCCUGGGACCCUCCCUGGUUACUCAGUACACCCAAGGUGACUUCUGGGUAAGUGCUGAGGCAUCAUGGGAUCCGGAAGGUCUGGUCCCCUCAUCAGAACUCCAUUUCACCUGGACUUGUGAGACAAGCGAUGGAAACAACUGUGGAGACGUCAGUGCUCUAGUCAGUGACAGCCGCCCGGGGGCUCAACAUUACAGGACAAGUCAAAGUCCAGGAACAACCUUCAGCUUCACAGUUCAGGCUUCCUCUCCAGACAGAGUGUCAAUCCAAGCAUCACAGCUUGUCGUUUUCCAGGACAACAGGGCUUGUGGGUUGGCUAUUCGCUGCAUCAGCAACUGUGAUUGGUCAAACACAAACCCAUCUGAGCCUCUAGUGCUGGAGGCUGUUCCAGGUGUCAGUGACUCUCCCUUGUAUGAAUGGUCGGUGGUGGAGCAUCCUGGGGACUUUGGAGGUCUCCAUAUAAUGAGUCGUGAACCUGCAGUUGUUAUCACAAGCAACACAUUUCAUGUGGAAGGAACCUACAGUCUGCGCGUGGUCAACCUUAACCAAGUCUGCAGCAAUGGCCUUGCAGUGUCUCAGUGGAAGUUCACAGUUCGGGGCGCCCCUGCUCUGUGGGACGAGACUCUGCCGACUCCCUGUGUGUUAGAACGUGCAGGGACAGGCGGAUGUGUCUGCUGUGGAGAGUUCAUUCAUGACCUUGGCAAAGUUUCCUACAAGUUUCGACGGAUUCCAUCUGUGGAUGUGGAGAAGGGCAGAGUUCAGUUCCCACCAGACGAACCUUUUCUGGAGACACCGCUGCCAUUGACACCUUAUUUCAGCCCGGUUCCAUGGUACUGCUCAAGGUUCUUCCCCCCAACAGACUUCAUCAUGGAGCUGAAAGUUAUGUCUGUAGAUGGCAGAGUCUCAGCACUCAACAUCACAGAGGGGACUGCGGAUGUUGGAGCACUGAUUGAUGGACUUGUUGAUGUCCUGUCACAGACAGAGGUUUUAGACACCGAUGAUGUCACGGACCUUUCUUCCCUCCUCGCCAUUAGUGCUGCCCAACCAGAGAAACUCUCCAAGAAUUCGACACUGCUUGUUGCAAGAGGUCUAGAACUAUCAGCAGAGACCAUGAGGGCAAUGGUGGAUAACAUCACAAAUGGUAGCAUCCCAGUGAAAGAUAUCAAUGUAGUAUCUGCCAACAUCUUUACAGGGUUUACAAUCCUGUUGGAGGCUACUGCAACCUCAGACGGGACUGAAGAGGGGACCAGUUUACAAGAUGAAGAGACAAUUGAAGCUAACAAUAAAACAGCCAGUGCUGCCUUUAAGGCAAUCAGCAAUGUCCUUCACAUGUACGACACUCUGUUGCCAGACAAUGGGUCUGCCACACUGGAGAUGUCAGUGUUGCAUGCCAAGGUCCAUAAGGAAGUUUGUGAAGAUGCUCAGAAAAAGGUGUUCACGGUCAACGACACCUUGUUUGUAGUCCCAGCAUUCAACACACUCCUCGCCAGUGGUUGUGAGGGGGCAGAUAGCUUUGAAGUGGAGGUUAUCAACUCCGACUUCAAUCCAUUCCGAUACUCCCCAAACUCCCCUGAUGUGGGGUCGGAGGUGGUGGGCCUUACCGUGUGGAGGGGACGAGACAGACAGCCGGUGCACCACCUCCCCAAACCUGUGGACAUGAUCAUCCCCAGGGACAAACAACACACAACAAGUAAUGUGUACAAGCACACUGGCUGGAUUAGAAGCAUGGACGACAUCACUGUUGUCCCCUUCCGCCCCCAGACAUCAAGGACUGUUCUCACAAUCCUACUCAACAUCACCAGCACCAGCCACCCAGACCUGGGCAUGCCACACAUGCAGCUGGUGUGGCAGCAGGCAUUGGCACCAACUGCUGACAGCUUCAAAGCUGCAAACUGGACGACUGUGCUGCCUGCGCCACAGGCCCAGCUGUACACACUACAGCUGCCGCACACACACAACAAUACAAACCUGACGUCUCACCCGUACUCAUGGCUUCUGCCCUCUGAAGCUCUGAAGGUUUCAGAGUUGGACAUACAAAACAAGACGACUUUCUACUUAGGUUUGUCUCUGUUUGAUUUGCAAGUGUUUACAAGGAAAUCAGAGAUGGCAGAUUACCCAUACUGAUGAUCCUUACAACUCUACAAAGAUAACAGUGUUCAAAUGAUGACUGGAAAUGCUGCAUUUUAUUUGUUGGGAAUCAGAGAAAUACACCCACAUAAACAAGGAAACACACACUCACACACAAAUAGUCAUGAUCUGUGUGAAAAAUUGGUAUGAAGACAUUUAAGAAGCCAAAGACAGAAAAAGGAUGAUACCACUUAGUUAUUCAUCACCAUGCAUGGUGCCUUUUCCCCAGGUGUAAGAUAUGCAGC